GCCCGAGCCCGAGCGCUAGCGGCAUCCGAGCGGGAUCCGGAGCGGGAGCGGGAGCGGAGCCAGAGGGGGAACCCGAGCUGGAGCCGAAGCUGGAGCCGGCAGUGCGGCGCACGGAGCGGAGCGAGGCAGCCAAGCCGAGUGAGCGGAGGGUCCUUCCCUGCGAGGAGUCGGAGCUGUGCACGUGGGCAGGCUGGCUCCGCUGUUCUGCUCCAAGGAUUACAUGUCCUUCAAACGCCCCUGCCCCUUAGCUCGAUACAACCGCACCAGCUACUUCUACCCCACGUUCUCAGAGAGCUCAGAGCACAGCCAUCUGCUCGUGUCUCCCGUGCUGGUGGCAAGUGCAGUCAUAGGUGUGGUCAUCAUCCUCUCCUGCAUCACCAUCAUCGUGGGCAGCAUCCGCAGGGACAGGCAAGCCCGGCUCCAGCGGCACCGCCACCACCAUCGCCGCCACCACCACCACCACCAUCGCCGCCGCCGCCGCCGCCAUCGAGAGUACGAGCAGGGCUAUGUGUCUGAAGGGCACACAUACAGCCGCUCGAGCCGCAGGAUGCGCUACGCCUGCAGCCCUGCUGAUGACUGGCCUCCACCCUUGGACCUCAGCUCUGAUGGGGACGUGGAUGCCAUGGUGCUCCGAGAGCUGUACCCGGAUUCUCCACCAGGUUACGAUGAGUGUGUGGGGCCGGGGGCCACUCAGCUGUACGUCCCCACGGAUGCCCCGCCCCCCUACUCACUGACCGACUCCUGCCCCACGCUGGACGGCACCCUGGACGCGGGCGGCGGCCACAGCCCCGGGCGACACCAGCAGGCGCAGAGGCCACAGGGCCAGAAUGGCCUCCGCACGGUCUCCAUGGACACACUGCCCCCUUACGAGGCCGUGUGUGGGGCCAGCCCCCCAGCGAGCCUGCUGCUGCUGCCGGGACCAGAACCAGGGCCAAGGAGCUCCCAGGGCUCCCCGGCCCCAACCCAGGCCCCAGCCUCCGGCCCAGAGAGGGUUAUGUGAGUGACCCAGGCCAGGUCCUGCUGGUCCCUCAGGGCUGAGCCACAUCUUUUCAGGCACACAGGAAGGCACACGUGCACACACACACACAGAUAUGCACACAUGGCAGCCCCACAUGCACACAUAUACACACAACUUGGACACACGCACACACUGACACACCCAUGCGAACACUCACAUCUGGACAUGCCCCAUACAUGUGCAGACAUGUGCACACACACAGGACCCUCACGUUUACACACCCGCAUCUGCGAAGGUUUCAUUAAAAAUGAAGCCUCCAACCUCCAGUCUCCUCCCCAGCCUGUCAGCGAUGCCUCUGUAGACAAUGCUGGGAGCAGAGGCAGAGAAGGGACCAGGGCUUGCUCUGCCCUCCCCCAAGGCCUGUUUUCCCCUGCCCUCCCCUGGCAGGCUGUGUCCAAAUUCUGAUUCUGCCUCCAGAAGCUGCUCGACCACCCCAGGUCAGCCGCCUGCCCUGCCCCCACCCAGGGCAGCGGGUCCUCCUGGUUGGUGGGACAGGCCUCAGUAAGGUUCCGCUCUAUGCCGUACCUAUCUCUCAAUUCUAGGGCAGAAGAGCCACAACAUCACCACCCUGCCAUUUACAGGGUGAGGGACAUGGGUCUGGGGGCUCAGGCACAACCUGGAGGCCCUCACAGCCCGCCUUGCCCGCUUCCUGUCCCAGUGCCCUCAGUCUGGUGGUGCUAGCGGAGCUCUCUCAUCACCUGAGCUGCCGUGAAGGACAGCACUCUUGGUGGUGGGUUACACCUGUGCCUGUGUCAGUCCACCCACUGCCCGGGACUGAGGGUCUUCAAAGAAGAUGGACAGCUGCCUGGGUAUGGCUGUGAGGCUGAGGAGCGACCCCUCACUAAGUACGUGCCCAGACAACCAUUAUGGCCUAAGCUUGAAUGGGCUGGAGCCAGCCCCCAGUACUGUCCUCCUGCGUGGUGGCUCGUAGUUGGGAAUCGUAAGCCAGCAUGUUCUGGCCCUGCCCUCUAUGGUGUUUGCAGGGAUGAGAUAAAGUGGAUGUGGGCCCCACUGUGCCACUACGAGAGGAAAAGUGGCUACAUCUCGGCCUCGCUGCCAGGGGUACCGCAGAAGGGGAUAUGUGGGCCUGGUUGUAGAGAGGCUCAUAUUCUUGGCCACUGAAUCCUAGCAAUUUCCAUCAGAGACCAUGCAGGUAACAGAGCUGAUUCCUGAAGACCCAGUGGGCCAGAGGGUGGCAGCCAUGCGUCUGUGAAGAAAGUCUCCGACAGCAUCACCAGCGUCAGAGUCCUCAAAUCCCGCCUGCCUCCCUCCCUACCCGCUCCUUAAACAGCAGCAACCCCCAACCAGUCUUUCCCCAACAUUUCAAUUCCUCUAACAAAGGGCUAAGACAAUUUAGUAAUUCCUUUCUUAAGAAGAGGGGUGGCAAGGAAGGCAAUCGUGAGUUUUAUUUUCUGUAGAAAUAGAAUUUCUUCUGGUACAGAACUGAAAGGAGUCCACCCAGAGGUUCUGUAGCAUCCUGGAGCCCCUGACUCCAUGCAGGGGAGGGACCUUGUUUACAAGCAGUUCUGUCCACCUUUGUGGUAUACUGUUUUCUAGGCAAAAAAAAAAAAAAAAAAAAAGUCUGUCUGUUGUACUGUAUAGCCUUUAAAAAGCACUCCAGGGAUGAGAUUCUUUUAAGAAACACAUCCAGCUUCUGCAGUCCUAAAGAGUACCGAGGGGAAAAAAGAUAAAAAUCCCCUUGUGCUCAUCAGUCUUUGAAGGACAGAGCUGAACAGCUUUUCUUGUUCCUGGAUUAAGCGCUAAAUAAGCAACGAUGUAUCUUUUCUGUGUUCAAAAUAAAUAUAUCAAUAAAAAAUGUUGCAAGAAGUAACAUGAUCAAGGAGCGCAAGGUGGGGUUGGCGCCAUCUGAAACUUGCAAGGAAAAGAAGCAGUAAAUGGCAGCAAACUGAAAA